AUGAGGAGAGUAGGAAAUUCCGAUCGGGGCUUCGUCACUGAUACGAUCAUGGAAGACUCACAAUCAGGGUCUAACACCUGUGGGGUUGAAGUGCUCACGGAAAUUGAGUACACAGACGACGGAGCUCUUCUUGGAUCUGACCCCAUAUUCGGCAUGCGCCUCACGCCUGCAAAGUGUAAAGUGCUGCUCCAAGACUGGAUAGGCUCGUACCCUAGCCUCAUGAUUGCAGGUGAUCCGCUUGAGGUAGUAGACCAGUUAGUCUACUUGGGCAGCUGUAUCAGUCUCGGUGGUCCAGCGAAAGAUCAUAUUUCAAUCCGGAUUAGGAAGGCCAGAGAAGCUUCUGUGAACCUGCGUCAACUGUGA